AUGUGGGUUCGAGUUGACGAAGAUGAGAAUAUUGCCGAACGUCGUGUUGUCAAGACCGUUCAGGUCUUGCGUGAUGUAUGGUUAGAUGCUACCAAAUGGACUGGUGAUGUCAAGGACUAUCAGCAGCGUUUACCCAUGGACUAUCAUCUGCAGCGAAAACUCUGUACGGCAGCUGAUGGCGGGGAGUUCUUCAAUCGCGUCAGAGCAUGUGUGAUAGAUAAUGAAGCGUGGACUUAUAAGCUUGUUCUGGAUUACUGCGACCAGGGACACGUCGGCAGCAUACUCAGGAGAUAUCGGGACGAAGAUGGCGAUGGCAAUGUCCCUGAGCCGUUGGCAUGGAGUAUCCUCGAAGGUCUCAUCAAGGCAGUCCUCGUUAUGCAGCAAGGCGCGAUUCAGAGUCAAGAGGAAGAUUGGAAGGAAGUUGUACAUCGUGACUUCAAACCGGACAACGUCUUCCUAACCAGAGUUCCCAACUCCGAAUACCCCCGAAUCCAACUCAGCGACUUCGAACACAGCAUCGAAACCACACGCGACGACCCCUUCAACCCGAAAGUCUGGCGAGAAGACGCAGCCGGCCACGACGCAUACUGGGCGCCCGAGCUCCGCACACCCAGACAUCGCGCCGCUAUCAUUAGAGGAUAUCCCGAAAAAGGCCUCUCACUCCCCACCAUUCCCCGACAAGAUCUCACGGCGGAUAAAGUGUGCUCAACGGUCAAUGUAUGGAAUAUAGGCACCACCAUGUUCACUCUAAUGUGUGGAGCCGAGAUCCGUCCCGUCAAAUUCGAGGGAGUGGAUUAUCCCGGUAUGCUCUGGAAUCGUGAGGAUAUGUGGUGGGAGAAUUGGGAUCGUGGGGCUUUGGAGUACUAUAGUGAGGAGCUAGUACAGCUGGUGAGGAAUUGUUUGGAAGAUGAUCCGACGAUGAGGCCUACGCCUGGGGAGCUGUUGUUAUCUGUUCAGGCCGUUUCGGAAGAUGCUUUGUGUGAGAGGAGGAAGGGUGCUCGUGGUGCUACUGCGGAUGAUGUUAAUAAUUGGGAUGAUGAUGAUGGUCCAAUGGACUAUAUUCGUGCAGCGGAUCGAUACAAGAUUGGUUUGUCGUUUGAUACUCUAGCCACGGGAGAGGAUUUAUCUUCAGACUGGUCGGUCAACGCGAGUGACGAGGGUAGUUGA